UCUGUGUGUGUGUGUCUGUGUGUGUCUGUGUGUGUGUGUGUGUGUCUGUGUGUGUCUGUGUGUAUGUGUGUGUGUGUGUGUGUGUGUGUGUGUGUGUGGAUCGAUCCCAGAGGCCUGCAGGUUGUUUCUUUAAGCACAUAUAAUAAUAAUGAUGAAUGAAUCAGUUGAACCCAGCUUGGUGAUUCCUCGGGCCGGUUUACUUUGACCUUCUCUGGGUGAACUCCCGUGUGCCGAAUGGCGCACAGUUGUUGUCUUUGUGGACAGAACUGGCUCCCGACGCCGCGCUGUGUUCCGGUGCUCCUGCCUGUCUGUCGGAGGGCAGCCGCCUCCAUCUUGAAGAUGUCCCCGACGGGAAUCGUGCCAUGAAUUCUCAGUUAUUUCCUCUCACCGGACGUCUUUAUUUCCUGCCUCCCGUUUCUCCAGAAUGGCUCAAAAAGAGAAACUCCAGUGCCUGAAGGACUUCCACAAGGACACCCUGAAGCCGUCUCCCGGCAAAAGCCCCGGCACCCGGCCCGAAGACGAGGCCGAGGGCAAACACCCGCAGAGGGAGAAGUGGUCCAGCAAGCUGGACUUUGUCCUGUCGGUCGCCGGCGGCUUCGUGGGUCUCGGGAACGUCUGGCGGUUCCCGUACCUCUGCUACAAGAACGGUGGAGGUGCAUUUCUCAUCCCCUACUUCAUUUUCCUGUUUGGCGGAGGUCUGCCGGUCUUCUUCCUGGAGGUCUCCCUGGGCCAGUUCACCUCCGAGGGCGGCAUCACCUGCUGGGAGAAGCUGUGCCCCAUCUUCACCGGUAUUGGUUACGCCUCCAUUGUGAUCGUGUCCCUGCUGAACAUCUACUACAUCGUCAUCCUGGCGUGGGCCCUCUACUACCUGUUCCAGUGUUUCCAGCCGGAGCUGCCCUGGGCCAAGUGCAACCAGCCCUGGAACACCGACCGCUGCAUCGAGGACACCUUCCGCAAGAACAAAUCCUUCUGGCUGGCCGCCAACGCCUCCAACUUCACCUCCCCCGUCACCGAGUUCUGGGAACGUAACGUUCUGGGCAUCUCCGACGGCAUCGACAACAUCGGCCCCAUCAAGUGGGACCUGGCUCUGUGCCUGCUGCUCGUCUGGGUCGUCUGCUUCUUCUGCAUCUGGAAGGGCGUCAAGACCACUGGCAAGGUGGUCUACAUCACGGCCACAUUCCCGUUCGUCAUGCUCAUCGUGCUGCUGAUUCGGGGCGUGACGCUGCCGGGCGCGUCCGCGGGCAUCAUGUUCUACCUGUACCCUGACCUCGAACGUCUGAAGGACCCAGAGGUGUGGAUCGACGCCGGCACCCAGAUCUUCUUCUCCUACGCCAUCUGUCUGGGCGCCAUGACUUCCUUGGGGAGCUACAACAAGUACAAAUACAACUGCUACAGGGACUGUUUGCUGCUGGGAGCCCUCAACAGUGGUACCAGUUUUAUCUCUGGCUUCGCAAUAUUUUCCGUCCUGGGCUUCAUGGCACAAGAGCAAGGGGUGGACAUUGCUGAUGUGGCAGAGUCAGGUCCUGGCCUGGCGUUCAUCGCCUACCCCAAGGCGGUGUCCAUGAUGCCCUUCCCCACCCUCUGGGCUGUGCUCUUCUUCAUCAUGCUGCUGCUGCUUGGCCUCGACAGUCAGUUUGUGGAGGUGGAAGGGCAGAUCACAUCCCUGGUGGAUCUGUAUCCGUCCUUCCUAAGGAAGGGUUACCGCAGAGAGAUCUUCAUCGCUAUCAUCUGCAGCAUCAGCUACCUGCUUGGACUCACCAUGGUUACCAAGGGUGGCAUGUAUGUUUUCCAGCUGUUUGAUUACUAUGCAGCGAGCGGUGUUUGCCUUCUGUGGGUGGCAUUCUUUGAAUGUAUAGCUGUUGCCUGGGUUUAUGGCGCUGAUAAUUAUUACGAUGCUCUGGAGGACAUGCUGGGCUACAGGCCCAACCCCUGGAUGAAGUGGAGCUGGACUGUUAUCACUCCUCUACUGUGCAUGGGCUGCUUCAUCUUCUCCCUGGUGAAGUACAAGCCGCUGACGUACAACAAGGUGUACGAGUACCCGGACUGGGCCGUGGGCCUCGGCUGGACUCUGGCCUUGACCUCCAUGAUCUGCAUCCCCAUGGUGGUGGUCAUCAAGAUCAUCAGGUCUGACGGGCCGCUCAUUGAGAGGAUCAAGGCGGUGGCGGCCCCCAUUAGGGGCGGGGCCAGUUCCCGCCCGGCGGACCACCGUGGCCUCAAGGAGCUGACCUACCCUCUGGACCCCAACGGGAACAAGGGCCUCCUGAAGGCCCCCACCCACACCAUCGUAGAGACCACGAUGUAAAGGAGGCGGAGCCUCUCCAUGAGACGCUCCCCUCCUCCUCCCCCUCCUCCUCCUCUCCUAAAGCUAGUGUUUCUGUCUUUCUGUCUAUCUGUGUGUCUGGUGGACUGAUCAAGGUUUUAAAGGAAGGGAAAAGAGAAACAAGGAGUUCCCGUUUCUGACCUUGUAGGAUCUCUGGAGGUCGUGACCCCUCUGGAGGUCGUGACUCCUGGAGGCGAGCGGUCGCAUUUCAAAUCGGUUUCUGAACUACUCACAAUGUUGCUGGUGCUGGUAAUUUAGUUUUCUCCUGUUUAAUAAUCAGUCCUCUGGUCUCUGAACGCCGGUGGUUCAUGUUCGCUGAGAAGAAGAGAGAAAGAAAGAAAGAAAGAGAGAAAGAAGUGGUCGAUGAGUCCUGGAAUCAAACAGAAUGACACAAAAACACCAAAAUAGGGUUUUAUUUGGGUUUGUUCUUUGAAUAUAUAAUAACUGAUAUAUGGUGUGUAUAUAUAUAUGAAAGGACACUUUCCUGAGGGCUCUGCUGUGUUCAGGAGGCCCAGUGGAGACAGAAGCGUUAAUUAAAAACAACAACAACAAACAAACACACAAACAAAUACGUUUCUCACCCUCGAUAUUCCAGCUGUAGACAUGCGACCGAAUCAAAAUCUCAACUGGCUCAUUUCUAGGACACGACAUCGCCCGGUGUGGCUAAAAAUAGUACAAAUUAAAAUGUGAUACCACCGAUGACUCCUCCCCCCCCCUCAUUGAGCCAGGAUCCUGUUUUUGUUUUUGUUUUUUUUAAUGCACCUUAGCACACAUACCCCCCCCCCCCCCAUAUCUCCCCACAGCCUGAGACUUUGGGGCCCGUGAAGAGUCCAAACUAGCACUGAGACCCGCCGCCGCACAGCCAGAGGAACCAGAGUGGAUUUGAAGUGGACCCUGUCCCGUGUCGUCGUGGUUCUGUACAGUAGUAGCUGAGCAGUCUAUUAUAUCUAUAUCUAUCUCUGUCUAGACCGUUUACAGUACCUUAGUGACUGCACUAGGCACUCUUGGCUUACACUUUUGGAUUGGAUUUUAUUUUCUUUUUCUACAGAGGGAGUUACAUUAUUAUUAGUUUUAUUUUAUUUUUCCUUCUGUGAAUGUUUAGUGUUUUUAUUUUUUUUUACAUUUUAUUUUAUUUGAUUAAGACUAAUAUUUUUGUUAUUCACUAUUGAUGAUAAUUGCUGGAGUCUUUAUAUUGAAGGAACACUUGUGAAAAAUAUCUGGGUGAAAAAUAUUAAGCUAUUAUAUACAAAUCAUAUACAUAAUUUUUGUUUUGUUUUACGGGGGCGGCCAUUGUAGCGGAUAAUCCUUGUUCCGUCUUUUAGCGCUACGCUAACAAACAACGCAACGGGUUUUAUUUCGGGUCAAAUGUUCGGCAGGCGGUUCAAUGUACAGUUAAAAAAAUCAGAAAAGGGGGAUUCUACAAUGGCUGGAGGUGUUUUGGGGGUUUAUAGCGUUUCCUCUUCUGUAAAUACCAGGGACUGUUUUUCAUUUGGAGGAACUCUUCCAGGCUGUAGGAAACGGUUAAAAAAAACACGUCGCCAACUCGAUGACCCCCGAACGCAAAGAGGGUCAAACUCAGGAUCGGAGCCGUUUUUUGGGCACGUUUCUUGUUAUUCCCCCCCCCCCCCCAUCACCGCGUCGCUCCACUUCCUCGAAGCUUUCGUGUCCUCGAAGCUUUCGUGUCCUCGAAGUUAUCCCAAAAUAAACAACACCCGAGAAGUCGGCGGGGAGUUAAACGGCGUCUUAUCGCCAUCUGGGACCGUCCCAUCGGAAACUCGUAGAAGAAGAAGAAAAAAAACGGUAAAUUAAAACAACGUUCGCGGAACGUCCAGAUAAUUCCGAAUUCACGAAGAAGAAGAAAAAAAACUUGAAAGUGUUGUGUUGAGUCUUGGACUUGGCCUGAAAUUCAAAUUUAAGCCUAAAACCAAAGACAAGAAAUGAAGAGAAUAGUUAACUUAACUUCUGACGGAAUAUAUUAGCCAAUUAAAGCUGUGAAAUUAGGCGCUACGUGAGAUGUGUUGAACACGCUGGUUGAACCUGAGGUGGACGAGACGGAGGUUCAUCCACUCAGGACUUCAACGCAGCGGCAGAAACAUUGGACUCGUACCCGCUGGAAAAAGAGACAUUUAACGGUAGCAAUGUUAAAUCAAUGUUAUUGUCCGUCUUUAAAGGCCAUUGGAUAUAUAUUUAUUUAUAUAUAUAUAUAUAUAUAUAUAUAUAUAUAUAUAUAAAGAUGUAAUCCACAAUCGGAGGCAAAUAAAAUACAGAAAAAGUGAGUCAACGUGAGAAGUUGUCGCACCUUAUUUGUAUGAUUUGGACUUUCAUGUGAAGGCCAAAAGAAAAACACUGCCAUCUUUUUAUUCAGGGUCCUCAUUGGCCGCUAUAUGUAUAUGUGUAUGCUAUAUAUAUAUAUAUAUAUAUAUACUAGAAAAAUAAACCUGGAUACGGUCAGAAAAAAAGAACUUCUGUUUUCUUAGAAGCACAAAGGGGACACGUUUAAAACAGAUCAAAAUGGUAAACUGCCCGUGACUCGGUACUUGUGGCUGCAGGAAUCUGACCUCCGUUACACGGAAGUGACGUGAGAUCAGGGCAUCAUCGUUUCAUCCGCCAUCUUUAAGCUUUGACCAUUUAUUGUUUGAGUUUAUUUAUGUUUAAAUCCAUUUCAUAGAAUAAAGUAGUUCAUAUCAUUAAAAAAGGGAUUUGCAGAACCAGAUCCUCGCAUCUAUUUUCAUACGGUUACAAACUAUCCAAUAACCAGUCAUCUUUGUACAGCCCCCCCCCCCUCGUUUUAAUACCGCUUUGUUUUAAUGUUCGACUUUUUGUACAGAUCUGGUCCACCCCCCCGUCCUCCCCUCCUCUCUCCUUCCUCAACCCUUCUCUCCUUCCUCCCUCCUACCUUCCCUUAUUUCUUCCUCUGUCUUUCCCUCCCAUCUUCCUUCCGCCUCCCUUCUCUCCUUCCUCACCUCCUUCCUUCUUUCUUCCUCCCUCCUUCUCUCCUUCCUUCCUAUCCCACCGUCCUUCCUCACCCCUUCUCUCCUUCCUCCCCCUUCUCUCCUUCUUACCUUCCCUUCUUCUUUCUUUCUCCCUCUUUCUCUCCUUCUUUCCUUCCUAUCCCACCAUCCUUCCUCACCCCUUCUCUCCUUCCUUCCUCCUUCCUACCUUCCCUCCUUUUUUCCUUCCUAUCCCAUCGUCCUUCCUCACCCCUUCUCUCCUUCCUCCUCUUCUCCCCUUCCUCCCUCCCGCCUACUUUCCCUUCUCCCCCCCCCCCCCCCUCCAGAUCAGUUAGACGAUGACUAACUAGCGACACACUAAAGUUUUUACCGCCGAAUGUUUGAGAUGUGAAGUCGGCCCGCCGAAGAGUUUCUGGAGAUUUAAUAUUAAGGGUAAAAAGAAUAAUUAGUUUCCUCUUCUUUUAUUUUUGUUGAUCCCGUUUCAUCGACUUCUGCAGUUAUUGUUGUCGUUUUAUUUUUUGAUUGUGUGUCUGUCACAUUUUUAUAUAUAUAUUUUUACAUUUUAAAUGGCAGCCGAGUCCCGCCGACCCGCGAUGGAACGAAUACCGUGGCUGUCGGGGAAGCCCCGCCCCUCGGCGGCUAAUGACGUAAACCCAAUUUAAAACCAGAUGGAACCAUAUCCAUGUGGGCUUCUUUUAUUAUGAAAACCGUGAAUGAGAUUUCUACAUUCUGCUUAUUCCGAAAUUUCUAAAUCCCCGUCAGUCGUCAGUCGUCCCGGUCGCCCCACGCCGCCGUCUCUCGGAUUCACAACUCUAAACGGUCCGUUUCUGCGACCUUUAGGCGGCGGACGUGACCUUCGGGUGACAAAAUCUGUUUUUAUGACCGCGAGGCCGCGAGAGGAAGAUCAACGGGGCUCCAUUUUGUUUUAUUGAAUACAUCCAACCAGAGGGCUGGAGUUACCGUCGACCCUCGUUUAAAUUGUUUGGCAUUUUUAGCUUUCAAUGGCGAUUUUCGCCCUGAAACACGAUCUCACCGCCGAGGCCUCUGGGUAAUGGAGUCCCUCUCGUCCUCCCCCGUCCUCCGGACACACUCUGAAUAUUGUUUUCCAAAUGUCUUUCCUGCAUUAUGAACUGUAUGCCAGCCUUUCUUUCCUUUUUUUAAAGGAAUGUACAUGAGAAGAAAAAAAUGUUUUUCUUUUAAUUUGUUUCUGAAGAAAAAAAAAACAUUUUAAAAAAAAAUGAAUUUGAAAGGUUUUAUUUUUUAUUUCUAUGGCCAACCUGUAAGCUAGGUAAAAAUAUAAAAAAAUGAAAAAAAUAUGUGUUUUUAACGGGUUUUACAAAAAGAUUGUCAAACUUUUUUUAUUUCUUAAUAAAAAAACUUGUCUUCUGAAAGGA